AUGUCCUUCGAGAACAGUUGGAGUUUUGCGAAUUUGGAUACUAACAACUUUAGUGAUCUUGUUAACCGUCCAAAAGCGGAGUUAACAGACUCUGAACUUCAACAGCUGGAGGCAUACGAAUUCCAAUAUGGACCAAUGUCAAUACUCACCACGGCCACCAAUACACAAUCCACAGUAAUAAUAUCCCUGAGAAAUGAUCACAAAUUAAUUGCUAAAGUGAAAGCUUUUGAUAGACAUUGCAAUAUGGUUCUGGAAAACGUAAAGGAGUUUUGGACUGAUAUUAAUAAUGGCACAAAGGUAACCAGAGAAAGAUUUGUGAGCAAGAUGUUUCUUCGAGGAGACAGCGUAGUAGUAAUACUGAAGCAUUCCGACUAA